AUGGGCAACGGAUACUUUCGAACGUCACAAACGUCGACAUCCUCGCGCCAGCGGGACAAGCGCGGCAAGGACAGCUACAGCUAUCAGCAUAAUUACGUGGAUCGCGUGCGCCUGGAAGAUACCAGCGGCAAUCAUUAUCAGCAGCAUUACGCGCACCACCACCAGAAAACCACACACGAUCCACGCUGUCCGCAGCUGCGCGCCGCCGGCUGGCGACACACGCACAAAUCCGUUUCGCAUCUCGAUUUGGCCACCAGCUGCCAUGGCGCAGCUGGCGCUGGCAUAGAUCACAGGCACAGGCAACUGCACCAUCAGACGCAACACCCGCAUCAUCCACAGCCGCCGCUGACGCCACACGCGCAGCCACAUUGGACGCAGUGCCGCGUGGGCAUUGCCACGGCAAACGACCAGUCCGCCAGACAGGGCCAGCUAAGGAACGCUCGCUCUUUGGACUACACGCAGCUUGAGCGUGAGGAGAACGCCUUAGAUAUAGCCGAGUUCUAUUGGCAUUUCGAUGCGGAAGCGCCGCUUGAGCAGGUCGACAACUACGCGGUUAAUGAUAACUUUGAGCCAGCUGCACCGUCACCCACGGCCACAGCGCCAGUAGCUGCCACGACAGCUGGCACAACGGCGGCGGGCACAGCCGAAGCGACUGUUACGGCCACAUUCCUUGACUUUGGCAGUGAGUCGUGCAGCUUGCGAAGAUCGCGUAGUUUGGCCGUGAUACGUGAGGAGACGUUUAGCGAUCUGCAAAUUGGCUCCGCAAACAGCAGUCGCCGGCGAUCGCAGCUAAUACCGCGUGCGCGGCUAGUUAAUCGCGGUUUUUUCCGCGAAUCGCCACGACUGCACAACAAACAGCAGCAAAACUCGGCGAGUGAACAGCCAGCGGCUGAGGCAGAGGACGCACAGAGCAACACAAGCAGCGCAACCACUUGCGAUUCGCAUCAGCAGCAGCAGCAACAGUUGCUGAAGCAGCAACAGCAACAACAGCAGCAGCAACAACAGCAGCAACAGCAGCAGCUGCAACACACACAUCAUCAUUGCCCACAGCGGCAGCGACAUCAGCGCGACGCCCGCGACUUUGACGUCUACUACGAUAAUCUUAAACGCUUGGACGCCUUGGCAUUGGGCCUGAGCGAGCAACUGCAUCCGUGGCACAACGACAAGAGCGACUUGGAGAGCUUAAAUUCAGACUAUUUUAAAAACUCGCUGCAUCAGAGCCACUCGGAGCAGCAGCAGCAGCCGUCCUCUCUGGAGUUUGAGGCACUCGAAAAGGCGGUCACCCUGCUGACCGAAAGGCCCCGCAUCUAUCAAUCGCGAAGACAGCAACAGCAGCACCGGGCACAUCAUCACUGCCAUCAACAGCAGCAGCAGCAGCAGCAGCAGCAACAGCAACAGCAUCAGCAGCAGCGGCACAUUGAUCUUGGCGCCGAGUCCUGUCCGGAACAAAGCCAGAGCAGCGUGUUCCCAGAGACUACAACUAGCAAUUCGGACGAUCAAACAGACAGUCCCUCGCUUUCCGAGCAGGAAUACGAUCUGUCGCACAUUGAGCAAAUCUUCCAGCAGUGCGAUUCCGUAGACGUAGAGGAGAGCUACGAGCUUAUCAGCCUAACGACAACGACACGCACACGCUUUGAGAGCAGCGAGGAGGAGCACGGCGAGGAGGAGGAUCUGACUGCAGCCGAAGAGAGCCUAACCACGCCCACUGAGACAACAGCAAGCGACAGCGAUGGCACUUUGAAGCGUGGACACAACGAACAGCUGGAAAAGCUCAUUGCCUACGAUUCGGUAUAUUUGUCUUCCGAGGAUAGUUCCGAGUGCACACUGAUUGGCGAGAGCUGCGAGUCCUUUGAGCAGCGCACGUUCACAAGCUGCCUGGAGAGCGGAGAGUUAGAGACACGCAGCCUGCUGCACAUUUCCAUAGAGGAUACGGUAUAUGAGCCCCAACCGAAGCAGCACAAGAAGGAAGAAGAGCGGGAGCAAGAGAAGGGAAAACCCCUGCUGACCAACGCUAAGGUUGAGGCGCAGAUCUUCACACAAGUUCUUAAAGUAGAACAGGCACCCGGCAGCACCAUUAAUGUGGGCCUCACCUCCAGUGCAGCCAGCAAGCCCAGGAUUCUGAGUGUAGUCGAAAAACGGAAACUAAAACAGGACGAACUGAAGCAACCAGUGCCACCGGAACUUAAGCGCCAGGCAACUGACACCUUUGUGGUGAGGACGACGCACAAAUCGAAUCUUACUGAGAACCAAUAUCACAGUUUACCGGAUGUAAAUAUUGGCGUUAGCCUUAAAGUGUGCGAGAACAUUGACAAGGAGCUGAGGACAUCCUACAAUCUGCAAAGGCAACAGCAGCGCAAGGAAUCCAAGCGACAAAAAGCCGGAGGCGACAGCGGGCAGGUAACACGAGCUGAGACCUACGACUCCAUAAGACGGUUCGGACGUGCUCAUCAGAAGGCCAGGCAAAAGGAAUACGAGGAGCGCGAAAGGCAACGCGAAAAGGAAGAGUCCACUCACGCAGCGGAAAAGGAAACGAAGCAGGACCCAGCCCCGGCAGAGGCAGCGGUAGAGGUAGAAAUUGCGGUAGCGGCAGAGCCAGAGCAGAGUCAAGUGGAUAAAGAAGAAACUUUUAAACAGGAAUUACCCGCACCAAUUGAAAGGGAAGUCGAGGUUGAGCAGGGUGUAGAGGCGGAAGAGGAACCACUGCCACCACCACCGCCGCCCAUAACAGAGGACGAGUUUAACGAGCACUAUAUAGAUAACGAGAGCGAAAACGAUAACGAUAACCUAUCAGUGUCCCUGGCAAACUUGGAGCAGCCAAAGGAAGCGCCUGUCAUUGAGGUGGCCAAUUUCAGCAAGCUAAUCGAGCGACGCGCCCAGGAGAUCAGGCAACGCGCCAAAGAGCAGCCAGUGGAGCAGUCCCAGGAACAGUCGCAAUCGUUUCGCAUCAUUGUCACCGACGCGCAAAACAACGUCAUCCAAACGGAAGCGAUUCAAGAGGAGCACGCCAAAUCAACCACAGCCGUCAACAGCAGCCAAACAGCGACGACAGCAACUACAACAUCAGUGCACUCGAAUUCCCAGCGUUCUUUACGACGCUCGAGCAGCUCAGCAGGUGGCAAACCACUGGAACGUCGAGUGCUCAGCGCCGGUGCAGCCAUUUACAAGGCCCGUCCCAUUAAGGUGCUGUCAACGGCCAGCAGCGAUUCAUUUGGACGACAGAAAAUGUCACGACCGCAGAUUUUGCAUGUUGUGGACAGCAGCAGCAGCGGGAACGGAGCGGCCAGCCUGCGGCGACGCAGUAGCUCACGCAGCAUUGCCAGCAAUGUCAGCAAUGGCGGCGGCGAGGUAGCCACCGAAUAUCUGCAAAAAGUGGACGCAGUGAAAUGCUACUGGAACAAGUUGGCGGGCAAUGAGCCAGCCAAUCCAGAGGCCGAGAAGGAGCUCAGCUCACGGCUGCAUUUCCAGCUGGGCGACAAGGUAACCCCAGAGAAUGAGAAGCCUCCAAGCGGCAGCAGUGCGGACUACUGCAGCAUCAUGCCGCCCUCCAUUGAGACUGUGGAGCUGGGCGAUGGCGCACAGAAGGCAACUAUUGUGAGUGCCGCACCGCAGGAGCCGCAGGGCGAGGAUGAUGAGGAUGCGGCACAAUUUGAUCAUAUACGCUACAAGGUGCUCAAGUCUCAGCAGCUCAUCCGCAGCAACAUACUGACUGCGCGCAACAAAAAGGAGGCGCAGUUUGAUGGACUCAUACAAUACCUGCAGGAUUACAGUUUUCAGGAACUGCUGAGCAACAAUAAUGUGGUCAUUGUGGAGCCGGUUAGAACCAAAAUCGAGCGACCCUUAACAGUGGGUGCAGCGCAAACAGCACCACCCAAGCCUGCCAGGCUGGCAAACACACAGCAGUCCACUGCGCCCAAGAAAACGAGACAGCGCCAGGUGGGCGGCGCGGGCGCCAAGAGACACUUUUUCUAUCAGCCCGUUAGGGUGAACAGGGAACUUUACGAGGAUGAGUUGCCCGAUCCGGACACGGUGCGAAAUGUGCGUCGCUUCUUUGAACAGAACGUAAUGCCCACUCCCGGCCAGGGCAUACUUGUGCAGUCCCAGCAAAAGUUUGGCGGCUCUGCUUGCCAGCUAAGUCCGAAGAGCCGCCGGGCACGUGGCUAUCGCUAUCUGACCAUCGACACAAGCUAUGGCGGCAGCUCGGCAGGCACUGUCGUAGCCGAGGAGCAGCCAAAGGGCAUGGAGCUACUGGAGGAGCACAAAGUUAAGCACUGGGACAAUGCGAGCCUAUCGAGCGGCAUAUCCAGCGGUGAUUUGUCAUCGCCCUGCGGCGAAUGUCAUAAUCAGACAGAGACCAUGUCAAAGGAAUCGCCAGUGCUUGCCUGCAAGGGUGUUCACGUUCUAGAUGUGGUGCGGCGACACAAUAGCAAUGCGGCGAAUGCCAAGGCCAGAGCCAAGCUGGCCAGUCGGCGCACCUGGUGCGUGGGCGGUGCUGGAGCUGGUGACUCGCGUUACCGGCAAAUUUAUGAGCAGAAUGUGGGACAGGCGCAGCUGGAGGCGCACACGCAGGAGCCAGAGGACGAUAAUCAUGAUGAUAAUGAUGAGGAUGAUGACGAUGUCGAGACGGACAUGUGCGAGUCAUAUUAUGUGAGCAAUGACGUACUAGCCAAAAUACGCGAAUGCGGCUCAACAGUUACCUACUAUGGAGGCAAGGUACUGGAACGGCAGACGCCCCCAACAACAGCAUCCCAGAUAAAUCCGCAGUUGAUUGAUGGAAAUACGGGCAGUGGCACACGCUUUCGAGUGCGUCAAAUCGAGACGUGCCAUGUGUGUCCACCCAGUGAGAGCUGUAAACACGAGCCGGAGCAACAGCAACCAGACUCCUAUCAGGGCAUUAAAUUCAAGCUGGUCAAGUCCAACAGCUGCAGCAGCCGUCUGGAGCUGGCGGGCGCCGACGAAUGCGACUCCAUGCUGACAGACACUGAGAUGGUGCGCAAAAUGGUUCAUCAUUUUGAGUGCAACCAGCCACCGGGCGAUGGCAAUCUGACCAUCAACAGUCAAAGCACCGCCGCCAAAACGGCACAGCUCCAGGAGGCGACAACUCGCCGACAAGUGACAGUAAAUAAUCACAUCAAUGUGCUAAGGGAGGCGUCGACGUCGACGCAGGAGCAUAAUGAAAGCCAAGAUGUGCACGAUAAGCAGAAUGGAAACGGAACAACUUUUCAGAGCCAGGCCAUGAACAUACGCCUCGAAUUAAGUGCGGGGCGUGGCAGCGGCACUGAUAAGCCCAGCAAUAACAGCAAAGUAUGUCGCAAUAAAAAUGUGGAUCUGGCCUAUACGCUGGCCAAACAGCAGCCGCCCCAGGCAGAAAAGCCGCUUGUCAACCCAGGCACGCCCAUUGCCAAUCAGCGGCAAUCACAAGCUCAGAAACUGGCCAAGCAAUUGAAUGCGCUGGAUGAGCAGCAAACAUUGCCAAAAAUUGUCAAAAAGCCGGAAAUCAUGGCUCGUGAGCAAAUCAUUGUCCCAGUCGAGAUUCAUCAGACGGUGUCGGCGACGGCGACGGCUGUGAGCCAGGAGCGUCGUCUGAGCAAUGCCAGCAGCAGUGCGUCCAUUGUGGACAAGACCGUGGUGCGACACUAUGUAGCCAAUGAUAAAAGCAUCUACGAGCGUCGCAAAUACGAUGAAAUCGAGUUUGAGGAAUUCGAGGUAUACGAUCCAGCCAAAGAGCUAGAGCGUCAGCAACAGGAGCAGGCGGAGCAGACAGAUCAGACAGAACACUCCAUGGAUAAGCGACAGACAGAUGGCGACCUCUAUGACAGCCUGGACGAUAGGAUGUAGGACAAUGCUCAAUGGAAACCAAGCAACGACUUUUUGGGGUUUGGGUAAACGAUAAGCCUAAGCUAAAUAUAAAUGAAAUAUAAACUAUAUAGAUAAACUAUAUAACUAGCAUUAUAUAGCUUUACAGGUAAAGCAAAAACAAAAACAAGAGAACAGAAUUAUCCAAAAACUAUAUUAUAUAAACAAUAUUUUAAUCAAUACAAGGCUCAACUUUUAUUUGUAAAUUUACAGCCAAUGACCAAAUAAAUAGACCAUUUAUUAAUAA